AUGAGGAAAGAGAUGGACGAACUAAGGAGCGCUAUCAAGGAGAAGACGGACCGAAGCGUAGAUAAAAUGAUAAGGGCUACGGAUUCGCCAUUCACUGCUGCGGUACUCGAAUGCCCCGUGCCGUCAAAGUUUCGCUUGCCUCAAUUGGAGCCAUUCGACGGACUCAAGGACCCCCAGGAUCAUCUUAAUACCUUUAAGACGACUCUGGGUCUCCAGCAACCACCUGACGAGAUAUUGUGUCGUUCCUUCCCAACAACCCUCAAAGGAGCUGCAAGAGAAUGGUUUACUAAGUUGCCAAACUCGUCCAUAGACAAUUUCGAUCAGCUGAGUAAUGCCUUCUUGCGCCACUUCAUAGGGGGACAGCGCCCAAGGAGGCCAGUAGAUUACUUACUCACCAUAAGACAGGGAGAGAAGGAGACUCUGAGGUCGUAUGUCAAGCGAUUCACCCGGGAAACUCUGGAAGUAGACGAAACUGACAACAAGGUACAGCUGACGACCUUCAAGGCAGGGUUGAGAUCCAGAGACCUCGUGGCCUCUCUUGCAAAGAACCCCUCGAAGACGAUGGCGGAGAUGCUCCUGAAGGCACAAAAGUACAUGAACGCAGAGGAUGCCCUAGCUGCCAUAAAAGAUAACGAGAGGCCAGGAGACAAGGCCAAGAGGGAAGACGACCGUAGGGGGCAAAAGCGAGACAGACCAGACCGUCGGAACAAUGAUGGGAAUAGGAGGAAGGACGAUAAAAAUCCUCGGACGAUAAAAUUUACUCCCUUGGUGGUUAUUUUGUUGUACCUUGGGGAUGAUGUUGAUGUGCCAAUAACAUCUCUCACUGAUAAUACCAUCAAGAAAGAUCGAACAAACUUAAUCUCUGUCAUCAACGUCGUCGUUGGAACUAAUUUUAUACCAUUAUUAUCGGUAUAA